AUGGAGGGCGAUGACAUCGUUAUCACCGGCUUCUCGGCCUACUUCCCCCAAGCGGAUCACCUCGUCGAGUUCAAGGAGAAGCUGUACGCAGGUGUCUGUAUGGUCACCGAGGAUGACUCGCGCUGGCCUCCAGGAUUUAACGGUAUGCCAAGACUCCAUGGGAAAAUCCGAGACCUGACCCGCUUCGACGCGCAGUUCUUCAACACGCACCCGAAGCAGGCACACGUGAUGGACCCACAGUUGCGAUUGUUGCUGGAGACGUCGUACGAGGCAAUCGUAGACGCAGGCUACGACCCGGAGAAGCUGCGGAAACGCAAGAUCGGUGUCUUCAUUGGCAAUUCGGCCUCGGAGUCAAACGAGGCAUUCAAGAUGAACCCGGCCAAAAUGGAUGGCUACGUCAUACUGGGGUGCCAUAGGGCCAUGUUUUCCAACCGAAUUUCAUACUCGCUUGACCUACAGGGACCGAGCAUGACCAUUGACACAGCCUGCUCGUCUACGUUGGUAGCCCUGAAUGAAGCCGUGGUGUCUAUUCGUGCGGGACGCUGCGAGGCGGCCAUCGUAGGAGGAGCAAGCAUCACCCUCGAUCCCCACGUCAUGACGAACUUCAAGAUGCUCGGAGUCCUGUCAGAAGACGGAAAAUGCAGGCCCUUCGACUCGAGGGGUGUUGGCUACGUUCGCAGUGAAAGUGUCGGCGUGUUCUUCCUUCAACGGUUUUCUGACGCCCGACGUGUGUACGCGAAGGUCCUCAACGUCAACGCGAAUGCAGAUGGUUUCAAAGAACAAGGUGUCCCAUUUCCGUCGGCCGACGCUCAGGCAAAGCUUCUUCGUGAUGCAUACGCCGAAGUCAACGUAGACCCCCGGAAAGUGGUUUAUGUCGAGGCACACGGAACCGGAACCAAGGCUGGCGGCAUUAGUGAGCUGGAGGCAAUCAGCGAUGUGCUUUGUUCAGCAGGGCGCGAGAAGCCACUCAAGAUCGGAUCUGUCAAGAGCAACAUGGGACACUCAGAGAGCGCAUCAGGCGUCCCCGCUGUGGCGAAAGUGAUCCUCGCCAUGGAGACGGGAACCAUAGCGCCCACUCUACACUUUGAGAAUCCGGAUCCGGACAUGCCCUCUUUGCACGAUGGGCGCGUGGAGGUGGUUCACCGACCGACGCCGUUCGAUGGCGGCAUGGUAGGCCUGAGCUCCCAGGGCAUCGGCGGUGCAAACGCGCACGCAAUCUUAGAAUCCAAUCCAAGUCCGCAUGUGGACUUCCUUCCGCGCUUGAAGCCGGAGCUUCCAAGGCUUGUUCUAAUGGCUGGAAGGAGCAACGACUCGCUAAUGCGCACACUGGAUCGAGUCGAAGCCGAAUCACCGUACCCAGACUCCGGGUAUGCCCUCCUGAACCGUGUCGGGCAGCCAAGCGUGAAGCUGUUCCCGCAUCGAGGCUUUGCAAUUGUACCCGCUGACAACACGUACAGGACGGUCGUUAAGGUAGCCGAGCGGGCUCCGUCCAAAAAGCGACCCCUCUGGUUUGUCUUCACUGGCGUUGGCUGCCAGUGGAACGGCAUGGCACGCCAGAUGAUGCAAUUCGAUGUCUUUGCUGACUCUAUCCGCAAGUCCCACACAUUACUGGAAGAGCAACACGGAGUCGACCUGAUCGAUCUGCUGACCUCUGACGAGCCCCGAUGCAAGACGAUCGGGGGAUCUUUUGCCUCAAUUGUUUCAAGUCAGGUAGCGCUAGUGGACAUGCUCCAAGCUUUGGGCAUCCAACCAGACGGCAUGGUGGGGCAUUCUGCUGGCGAGGUUGGGUGUGCAUAUGCCGACGGAGGCUUUUCCGCCAAGCAGGCUGUUCUUUCGGCCUACUGGCGGGGCCGCUGCAUAGAACUGGGCUAUGCGUUCGAUGGUGCCAUGGCUGCAGUAGGACUCACGUGGGAAGAGGCGAAAAAACGUUGCCCCCCUGGUGUGUCCCCAGCUUGCCACAACGCGGAUGAUUCUGUGACAGUGUCUGGUACCAUCAAAGCCGUGGAGACGAUGGUCGCACAACUCCAAGCCGAGAACAUCUUUGCCCGCAAGAUCGACAGCAUGGGCGUGGCUUUCCACAGCAAACACAUCGAAAGCAUCGGUCCUGCCUUCCGGGAAGUGCUAAACAAGGCCAUACCCCAGCCUAAGCCACGCAGCAAGCGCUGGAUCAGCACAUCGGUGCCAGAGAGCCGUUGGCAUGAACCUGGCUCGCAGCUAUGCUCUGCGGAGUACCACACCAACAAUUUCUUAAAUCCCGUGCUUUUCCGGGAUGCCCUCAAACAUGUACCCGAGGACGCCAUCUUGCUGGAGAUUGGACCACAUUGCCUUUUGCAGGCGAUCCUCCGACGUGCUGUAGGCCCCGACGCUACUUGCCUGGGCCUCAUGAAGCGCGACGCUGACAAUCUGCAGUAUUAUCUGAACUCACUGGGCCAACUUCACACUCUUGGAGUCGCGAUGGACCUGUCGGUGCUCUAUCCUCCAGUGCCAUGGCCCCUGCCUCGUGGUACACCUAACAUCGGCCACUUGGUCAGCUGGGACCACUCCCAAAGCUGGGAUGUCGCUCACUGGAAAGAUUUUCCUUCGCCAGAAAAG